AUGCCACCCUGCCCCGGGGGGAGCGCCGCGGGCAGACGGGCUGGGCAGGCAGGCAGAAGCCCACGGCAGAGGAGCCCCCCGAGCUGCCAGCUGCCAGCCGUGUGCCCCACGGUCAUGCUGCUGCUGCUGCACCUGCUGCCUGCCAUGCUGCCCAGCGCCGCCCUGGCCAGCUGCACCGCGGCCGGCCCCGACCGGCAGCUCAUCCUGGCCAAGGUGCGGGCCCGGGUGCUGGAACACCUGAGCCCCCCCCUGCUCCAGGAGGAGCCACAGAUGGAAGCGAGGAGGGUGCACCGGAGAGACGUCCUUGAAAGCACCGAAGUGGAGCCAGAGGAGCUGGAGGACACCUCCCAGGUGAUCUUAUUCCCUGCCACAGAUGUUCCCUGUGAGCCCACACAGCCAGACAAGCUGCUGGAGGAAGAAGGGAUUUUCACCUACCUCUUCCAGCCCUCGGCGCACACCCUGAGCCGUGUGGUGACUUCUGCCCAGCUCUGGUUUUACACGGGCCCCUCGGCUGCCCCCAACCACUCCACCCCUGACGUGCUGACCCUGUCACCUCAGGGCCGGGUGCCAGUGCCGGCCGUGGUGGAGCGGACACCCGAGCACUGGACCGUGUUUCACUUGGCCCCGAUGCUGCUGCCCCAGCUCUGGCAGCCGCUCUUUGUGCUCCUGGUGCGCUGUCCUGGCUGCCCCUGCCUGGCCGAGGGGGACAAGAUGCCUUUCCUGGUGGCCACCACCCGGGCCAAGGGCAGCGAGAGGGCUCGUCGCUCUGCCAUGCCCUGGUCCCCAGCUGCCCUGAGCCUGCUGCAGCGUCCCUCCGAGGAGCUAGCUGCCCACACCAACUGCCGCCGGGCUUCCCUCAACAUCUCCUUCGAGGAGCUGGGCUGGGACAAGUGGAUCGUGCAUCCCAGCAGCUUUGUUUUCCACUACUGCCAUGGGAGCUGUGCCGCAGGCCACGGGCUGAGCCACCGGCUGGGCGUGCAGCUCUGCUGCGCUGCCCUGCCGGGCACCAUGCGCUCCCUGCGCGUCCGCACCACCUCUGACGGCGGCUACUCCUUCAAGUAUGAGACGGUGCCCAACAUCCUGGCUCAGGACUGCACCUGUGUCUAG